AUGCCAAACGUGGCGCCGCCGACCACAAAGCCGAUGAUCGACAGCCUGCCACCACAGCAGGACAUACUGGCUUCCUUAGGCAGCCAGCCAAACGCUGCUUCACCCAGCUCUAUGCCUGCGGCAGACGAUCGAUCUGCUGACAGACAGGACCGUGGCGAAAAAGGCAGUCGCGGCAAAGGAGGCAAGAAGGGCAAAGGUGAGCGAGACCGAGAUGGCGAGAAGGAGCGACUGGAGAAACUAGAUCGCUCUGACGAUCCUCGUCGCCAAGCCGUUGAGCAGGUCGGCGAAGUCGUCACGGUGCGAAAACACAGCUCCAUGGGCUGUGCAGUUGUCUCCAUGACAGACAUCAGGGUGAGACAGGCCAUUGUGGCAGAAGGGAACGAGUGUAUCAUCAACGGUAUCAAGGUGCAGAUAAAGCCGCACACAAACAAGGAAACAAAGGAAGAGGUGAUGACAGACUUAUUUGUGGCUUGGGGUAGACAGGUGGAGAAAGCGAACCCCUUGUCGGAACAGCAAAUUGCUAAGUACUUUGACACCAAGCACAAGGAGCUCACCAGUGCAUGGAAAGCCGCCGAGGAGGAGAAGCUCCGAGCUGAGGAGCAGGAGCGACAGGCGCAAGAGCAAGUGCUCAGAGAGAGGACGGAGCAGCGAAGGCGCUACGAAGAGCAGCAAGAGCAGCUUCGUCGACAGCAGGAGGCUUCUCCGUGA